AAAAGUAAAUUAUGGUAAUUCAAUUUCUACAGAGUAACAGGACUGUUUUUAUUAUUCGUUGAAGACUAAGUGGUGCUGUCACCAUGGUUAUUCCAGUGAUAUUCUUGUUAUGCAUAUGUUUGACCCAUGCAGUGCAAGGACUCUCGCUAAACCAAAGCACGUUUCCUCCAAACUUUAUGAUUGGUGCUUCAACCUCUGCCUACCAAACGGAAGGUGCAUGGAAUGUUGAUGGCAGAGGUGAAAGUUCGUGGGAUUUUGUCUAUCACACAAUACCAGAUAAAGUAGGGUACAUUCAUGGUGAUGAGGCAGCUAACUCCUAUUAUCUCUGGCAGAAAGAUGUUGAGAUUGCAAAGGAAAUGGGACUUGAUUUUUAUAGAUUUUCCAUUUCUUGGUCACGAAUUCUGCCAGAUGGAUUCGUAUAUAAUAUAAAUGAUAAAGGUGUACAAUAUUACAAUAAUUUGAUAAACGCACUGCUGGCUGAAGGAAUCGAACCUGUCGUCACAAUGUAUCAUUUAGAUUUACCAAACGCAUUGCAAAUUCAAGGUGGUUGGGUUCACCCUAACAUCAUAAAUUGGUUCAUGGACUACGCUAAACUUCUCUUCUCGUUAUACGCUGACAGAGUAAAGUAUUGGUUAACAUUAAAUGAACCGCAAAUCUUCUGCGACGACUAUUAUUUCCACACUUACAAUCCUCCUCUAGGAACUGAUAUUUUGUUUGCACCAAGCAUUUGUAAUAAACAUUCUUUGUUGGCCCAUGCGAUGGUGUAUAGAUAUUACCAAGAUGUAUACAAGGAAAAAUAUAAUGGUUUGAUAUCAUUAUCUAGUAUGUAUCUAUGGUGUGCACCAAGUAAUACAAGAAAUUUUUUAGACAUAGGAGCAGCUGAUAUGAUUCAGCAAUUUAUAAAUGGUCGCGUUUUACAUCCUAUAUUUUCAAAAAAAGGAGGAUGGCCGCCGAUAUUUGAGAGAUUCAUGUAUGGAAUAAGUUUGCAGAAGGGUUUUAAUGGGUCUAUUUUGCCACUCUUUACAGAAGAGGAGAAGAGCUUAAUAAAAGGUUCCGCCGACUAUAUUGCGCUGAAUUAUUAUGCAGGCUUGAAAAUUUCAAUGAAUGAUUUACUGUAUGAGCCAAAAUUGUAUGAUUUGUUGGGAAUUAAAGCGCGAUUUAUAUUCGAGUUUGAAGGAUCUUACAUGACGCCUGGUCUUGGUCAUAAUAUAUAUCCCCGAGGUCUGAAGAAAAUGGGUAAAUGGAUUACGAAGCAUUACGGUAAUUGGGAUAUUCUCAUUACUGAGAAUGGAUAUGGAGACAUCGAUAGAACCCUCACAGAUAAUACUAGAAUCAAGGUUAUAAAAGAGUCUCUAGAACAGGUUUUACAAUCAAUAUACGAGGAUGGAACACGUUUCAUUGGAUAUAGCUAUUGGUCUUUGAUUGAUGCCUUUUCUUUCACAAAAGGAUUUAACAUAACUUUCGGGCUGUGGGACGUAGACUUCAACGAUCCGGAGCGACCGCGGACAGCCCGGGACUCCGCACGAUACUUCACAUGCAUCACACAAAAAAGACAACUGGAGGCCUGCGACUAUCUAGUCAAACAAUAAUAAAAGAACAUAAUACUAUAA